CGUGGCUUGAAUCGCUGUCGUGUAAGGAAAACUACAGCUACAAACGGACGUGAUCUUAACUUACAGACUAAACUUAUGUCCGGGUCAGACUGGGGCAAUCUUGCUGCGUUUGAAAAGUAUGGUCGUAUGGUUGACAAUAUGGGAGAUUACUCGAUGAUAUCAUACAAUGAGGCAGUGUCGGAGACAUACACAACACACAAACAUGCAAGCCACACAAUGCUUCUGGCCCGUGAUCCUCGAGUUCUGUGGGAUCUUUACCAGGCCCGUGCAGCUAUCCUGAUGCAGAUGCGAUUCGAUGGUGUGAUAGGUUUUCCUGGAGGUCUGGUGGACCCUGGGGAGAAUCCUGUGGAGGCAGCUAAUCGGGAAAUGGUGGAGGAGAUUGGCCUUGACCUGAAAAAACAUUCCAUUACCAAAGACAACCAUAUUGUAUCAUACUUUAAUGAUAAAAAAAGUCUUGUUCUUCACUUCUUUGGGUUGGAAGUUACGCUCGAAGAGUUUUGUGCCAUUGAACUACAAAACCUGCAGGCCCCAGACUAUGGAUCAGAGACCCUAGGGAUUCUUCGUCCACCUCUGUAUACAAUGGGAGACAAUUAUCGGGGCCUUCCAGCCUUCCUCUCCAACAGCUUUGCAGGUAAUGCUCGGGACGAACUGCUGCUUGGCCUGGAACACUUCAAAACACAUACUGCUGAGGAGAUACAAGUGGCUGUCGUAGCAGAACGGCAACAUGCAGCCACACAUCCCAACCAUGCAGGAUUGACAAAUCUUGACAGUUGAUAAUAGAGAUUUAAUAGCUCAUCUUAGAUCUUACUUACAAAUUUUGACUAAACAAUGUAUUUUACAAUAAUUGUGGAACAAAUAAGUUUUUCCAACAUCUUUUAAUCACUGUUGAUAGCCCAGAUUGAAGUGCCUAGAGUUUUUGACAUAGAAGCUUGAAACUUUGUAGGAUGUUUAUAUAUAUGUUGAAGAUGUGCACCUACUAUUAUGGAGCUAUUCUGGACAUUUUUCUGGAUUUUCCGGGCUUUUGAACUUAGUCAUUUUCUGCAGUUUGGCAGGGAAAAUAGGUACCAGUUUUGUAGAAUCAACUCCUAGAGUUUUUGACGUAGAAGCUUGUAACUUUGAAGGUGUUUAUAUAUAUGUUGAAGAUGUGUACCUCCUUUUAUGGAUUCAUUCCGGACGUUUUUUUCUUGAUACUCAACAAAUGAAACACCCUUAACUGUCUUAUAAAUACCAUAUAACAUUGCAGUCAUCCCGCAACCUAGCCAAUUGUGGCUUGGCCCCAUUUUUUUUACAGUUAUUGUGAAACUGGGCUGGCAUCAUCAUCUAUGAUGAGUAACUCAUCAUUUGGCCUUAAGAAUAAUUUGGGCAAGUUUACCUGUAAAUGUAUCAUAAUGAUAUUUUCAACAUUACCAUGAUAGUGUAUUUUAAUGAAAUAUCAAAAUA